CCUUCUACUCACAAGACUUAUGUCUCACUUGAGAGGGCAAGGCUGAUCUACAAGAUGGCUCAUGGAGUCCGUGUUGAUUUGGGUAAGAUGAUGUUCAGACAGAUUCUCAAUCUUGGAGUGAUUCAGGUCAAUGAUGCACGUUGGUUGAUCUUCCCUCGCUUGAUCAUGGCACUCCUCCAAAGCCAGCAUGCAGUUACAUCUUACCCCAGUGACAAGCUCCAACGUCUGGUUCCUUACAAGAAGGAUAAACGAGUGGGCGAGAUCUAUGAGCAGAGACUAGCGAAAGGAAAGGGACCAGCUAAAGCUGAACCAAAGAGAAGCUCUGCCAGGACAACCCGUCAAUCAUCUCCUGCUCCGAUUCCUGCUCCACGAACUGCUACACCAAGCUCCAGGACUGCGCCACGUCGUGUAUCUCUGUAUGAACUUGGAUCAGUUGCCAUCCCUCGAGGACCACUCAGCCGUGUUGAUUUGCAAGUGGCACUACAGGACACAACACGAGCCCUUCAAGCGCUAGCUGAGAUAGUUCAGGAUCUUCAGAGCGCUGUAGCAGGGGGAGAAGAAGAAGACUAGGAUGUAGAAGACCAAGAUUGUGGGGGAGCUGUGUUCUGUUGCCUUGUUUUUAUGUCUAUGUUAUUUCAAUUGCACCACUUGUUGCAAUUCCUUGUUAUCCAUGUUUUCAGACUGGCUAAGAUUAUGGGGGAGCAUUUGCAUAUGCUAUCUUUUGAUAUUAUGUAUUAAUUUGCUUGAACCUGUUUUUAGGAUAAUAUAAGUAUGUUCUUAAUUGUCUUGAGUUGGUUGAAUUAACGUUUAGACAUAUAUACUGGUGCUGUUGUGUGUGGUUUGUUCUUGUCUUCUAUCUCAGGUACUUGUGAGACGACGAAUUAAAAAGGGGGAGAUUGAAGGUGUAUGGGAAGACGAUGCUGUAGCAGAGCUGAAGUAGUUCAUGAAGUGUGACAUGAACUACUACAUCAGAGAGGCGGUUCGUGAGAAGCACGUAUCAAGACCGAUGCAUUAAAAGAAGAUUUAAUAAAGAGGGACAUUAAAGGAAGACUUGAAGAAGAAGCAAUCGAUCUAAAGAGAAAAAGGAAGAUUGGCUUAUUCGCUGAAGUAAAAGAAAUGGAAAGUUUCCAUUGGGUAGAUAGAUUAGAUCUAGGGCUUCUUCAAAGAUAUAUAAGGAAGUCGUGGCACUGUGUUAGGGGUUAACAUACAGGGAGAGCUUUUAGCAAUAGAGAGUUUUGUACGUCCUAAGAAGGAGAAGCAAAGCAUCUAGGGGUUAAAAGCU